AAGAUUAGUAAGUAUUUAGUUCGAUUUCAGUUACACGUCAAAAUGGCUGAGUUAAUCGCAGUGCCAUUAAAAAAACCGUCUGACGUUGAUGUAAUUAAGCCGCUUACAAAUGUUAUUAAAUCAACAUAUAAUAAUCAAAAAGAUUAUACGGAAGCAAUUGCAGAUUUUAGUAAAUUAAGAAACAAUGCAUUAUGGCGAGCUUUUGAAAAAUAUGAAAGUUCUUUAGAGGUUAUAUACAGUUACUAUGAUCAAUUAUGUGCAUUAGAAGGCAAGAUUCCUGCCCAUGAAUUACAAAUUCCAUUUAAAUGGAAAGAUGCAUUUGAUCGUACUAUAUUUGGUGGAAAACUCAGUUUGACCAUUAGUACAUUGUCAUAUGAAAAAGUAUGUGUAUUAUUUAAUAUUGCUGCUUUACAAAGUUCAGUUGCAGCAGCACAAUCUUUAGAAAGUGAUGAAGGAUUAAAACUAGCUGCAAAAUUGUUUCAACAAUCUGCUGGUAUCUUUAAUUAUCUUAAAGCAAAUGUUAUGAUGGCUAUUCAACAAGAACCAACACCAGAUAUUAGUCCAGAAACAUUGGGUGCAUUAUCAGCAUUGAUGCUUGCUCAAGCUCAAGAAAUAUUUGUAUAUAAGGCAAUCCAUGAUGCUAUGAAAGAUGGAAUUAUUGCUAGAUUAGCUUCACAAGCAGAAGAACUAUAUGCAGAUGCAUUAAAAUUAUUUCAAAAGGAGAUUUUUCGGGCAUUUUGGGAUAAGGAAUGGGUUCCUUUAAUUGCAGGAAAACAAGCUGGAUAUCGUGCAAUGACUGAAUUUUAUCAAUCAUUAGUAUGCAAAAAUAAUAAGUCAAUUGGAGAAGAAAUAGCUAGACUAGAACGUUCUGUUGAAUUAUUUAAAGCUGCGCAACAACGUUCAAAUAAACCUCAUUUAUUUCAAGAUUAUGCUAAUAGAGCUCAAAGAAAUCUGACAGAAGUAAAAAAAGAUAAUGAUUUUAUUUAUCAUGAAAGAAUACCUGAUAUAAAAUCUUUGGAACCAGUUGGUAAAGCUUGUGUUGCAAAAUUAAUAUCAAUGCCUGAAAUUUUCAGCUCAAAUUUUAAAGAUCUUUUUAAUGAUUUAUUACCUGUUAGUGUACACCAAGCAUUAUCAUCUUAUGAAGUUCGUCGUAAUGAAUUAGUGAACUCAGAAAUAUCUAAAUUACGAGAAAUGACGCAAAUUCUAAAUGGUGUAUUAGCAAGUUUAAACUUACCAGCAGCUAUUGAAGAUACAAGUGGAACUGAUUUACCUCAGUCUGUAUUAGAAAAAGCUCAACAUGUAAAAGAAAUAGGUGGAAUUAAUGCAUUGGAAACUUCUAUGAAAGAAUUACCUGAUUUAUUACAAAGAAAUAAAGAACUUUUAGACGAGUGUGAACGAAUGCUUCAAGAAGAGCGCGAAUCUGAUGAUCAAUUAAGAGAACAAUUCAAAGAUCGGUGGACAAGAAUUCCUAGUAGUCGUUUAACAGAACAAUUUAAUAUUACUCUUCGAAAAUAUCGUGAAAUUAUUAAUAAUGCUGUGGCAGCUGAUAAGGUUGUACGUGAGAAAUAUGAAAAUCAUAAAGAAGGUAUAGAAAUUUUGAGUUUAAAUGAAAAUGAUUUAAUUAAUGCUGUACCAACUGGAUCAGCAGUUCAGGAAAGUAAUACUGUUAUUCAACUUAGAAAACUAAUGGAAGAUGUUGAAACAAUCAAAACAGAACGUGAUGUUAUAGAAAGUGAAUUAAAAUCUGCUACUACUGAUAUGAAAACAACAUUUUUGUCAGCACUUGCAAAAGAUGGUGGAAUUGAUGAACCAAAUUUAUCAAUAGAAAGUAUAGGAAAAACAUAUGGACCUUUACAAAAACAAGUGAGAGAUAGUGUUUCUCAUCAAGAACAAUUAAUUGCUGAAAUUCAGAAGUGUCAUACAGAAUUUACAGCUGAACAAUCUGGUAGUGGUAGUUCAAGAGAAACAAUGUUAUGUAAACUAGCAGCUGCUUAUGAUGCAUUUAAAGAAUUGAAAGGUAACUUAAAUGAAGGUGCUAAAUUUUAUAAUGAUUUAACACAGUUAUUAGUAGUCUUCCAAAAUAAAAUAUCAGAUUUUUGUUUCGCUCGGAAAACUGAAAAAGAGGAACUAUUAAAGGAUUUGACAACAAAUUUGAGUAAAACUGAAUCAAUUCCUUCUAACAUUUUAUCUCAUCAUGCAGGGAUGUCCGGACAAAAGCAAUCGGGAACAGAACAAAGUGGAACAUCACAAUUACCAUAUCCUACACAUUUUCAAGGAAUGCCUAUACCUUAUGGAGCUGGUCCUACUACACCAUAUCCUGCAUAUAUCCCUCCUCCUAUGCCUACAACAUAUAAUCCAUAUGCAACAAUGCCUUAUCCCACACAAGGAACUUAUAAUCCAUAUCAAGGUAUGCCUUCAGCUCCUUAUGGUGGAUAUGCGACUCUUCCACGUUAUGGCGGUAAUCAACAUUCUCAUCAAGGACAUCCAUUUUGAAAAGCAAAAAAUAUUUUAUAUAUACUGUGAUUGCAAAAUAGUCAUGUGAAAUUUACAAAAAUGAGAAAAAUGUAUAUGACAUAAUAUUGUGGAAAUUAAUAUGAAAUAUGUUUUAAUCUGUCCAAUUUUGAUCAGUAAAAAAAAUUAUAUGUUGAAUUAAUUUUGAACAAAUUAUAUUUCUUGAUUGUUAUUGAUACUUAUUAUAAUUGAAUUUCUAUAUAAUGUAUCAAUACGUGAUAUAUAUUAAGCUUUAAAUCAUGCUUCAAGAAAAAAAAA